AUUAUAUGAAUUAUAAUAUUUACUUUUCCCACACGAGACUUGUUUGGAUGCAUCAAUAAGGCGAUAUUACAAUGGAAUUAUAUAGUUGACAGAUGGGUUUUUAGUAGUAUUUUUUUAUCAAUUGCUUAGCAAGAUACUAGAAAAAAAAUGUAUGGCAUAGUGUGCUUUUCUAAUUGAAAUUACUCGGAGAGAAAGAAAUACUUUGAUAGACCUUAGCAAUGACACCAGUCACAUUCUUUUACGUAUUUGUAUUGAUGUUACCUGAAUGUUUUGGAAAAUGUUAUUUUGGCAAAAACCAAACACCUGUCAAGUAUAAGUUUGCUGUAGGUAUUUUAAGUCCCUCGACUGGAUUGAUCCCCUUACAAGAAUUUGUUGAAAAGAAUAUACAAAGUAACGAUACAGAAGUGAUUGAUUGUUACAGUUCUAUCAGUAUAGUAAAUAUUAACGUCCGAGAUAAUCUGACCAUACAGGAGAAUGGAUGGACUAACAUCAAAGAUGGACUUUACAAAACUUUAAAAAUCCAAGCUAAUGAUAAAGCUGAGACUGGUGUCAGUGUGGUCAUUGGACCGUAUUAUACAAACCUAGCCAUGAUACUGGAACAAGAAAACAUACCGUAUGUCAUCACCCAGGACAAAGGAUUUGAUUACGUUGACGAGACCCGAAUUGAAGAUCAUGUCUCGUGGUCCAACCUGUUGGAGGUGACACCUCCAGCUGAACAACUUAAUCAAGCAAUAGUUGAUCUUUUCCUCGCUUGGCAAAAUAAAACUGCAGUUGUAGUUUUACCAGAUGAUCCUAAAAUAAAUGACGUAUGCCAGGAUUUGAUACGUCGAAUGAUAGCCAAUCAGAUUUCUCCAAUAUCGUAUUCUCUCCAAAUGAAUUCAGAGGAAGAUAUCAGGAACCAAACAGUGGAGGUGUUACGAAAUGCCCAGUUACUUCGACAAGAGAUCAUCCUAAUUUGUAGUCCUAGGGAUGAUCAACAUAAACUAAUACAGAACGUUCUAAAGGAGGCAAAGUCAUUUGGAAACAUCAUGGAAAAUGAAAGGAAUAUAUUUAUUUUCCAUGAUUCGUCUAUGUACCUUGAACCAUUUGAUGAAGGACCUAUGUAUCGACAAGGACUGUUUGAAGCAAAGUGUCAGCUUCUAGCAUAUCGUUAUACAGAGAUACGACCCGGAAGUAAAUACCUAACAAGUUCAUAUGAAGCCACUGCUAUUGAUACUGCACAUUUGAUACAAAAAUCACAGAAACUUUAUCUGAAGAAGAUGAGUGGAAUCGAUGAACAUGUAGAUAUAUUUAACAGAACGAAAAUGAUAGAAGCACUGCGUGAGUCGACAUUACCAAAUGGUAAAACAGGAUCAGUAAAAUUCGAUUCUGACGGGAAGAGGAUUAACUACACUUUUCACCUGUACAACCAUGGAGGUACAUCAUUGUUUAAAAAGAUUGGUGAAUGGAGACCAAAAGGUAAUACUACGCGUGACAGACUGGUUCUUAUUCCUGUCAAUGACACGCAGGAAAAGGACACACGUGGUAUUUUCCCAGACAUUGUUAAAGUUGUAUUUGUUAUGGAAGAACCGUUUAUUAUGAACAAACGAGGCAAUGUUGGAUAUGAGGGCUUUACAAUAGACCUGUUAGAGGAAUUAUCUAAGUUACUCUCAUUCAAAUACGUUCUGUAUCCCAGUCCAAACAAUGCAUAUGGAUCAGAAAUCGACGGCCAAUGGAACGGAAUGAUAGAACAAGUCAGGACAGGGAAUGCUACGUUAGGCAUGGGAGCCAUAUCUAUUACAUCAGAGCGUGAAGAAGUUGUAGAUUUCAGCCUGGGUGUACUCAGUACAGGAGUCAACAUGUUAAUAUCAAAACCAAAGGAACAUUCUUCAAUAUUUCAGUUUAUGCGUCCAUUUACACUUGAGUUAUGGAUGGGGAUUUUAGGAGCAACUGUUAUUGUCUGUAUUGUCUAUCUAAUGUUAGACACAGGCAAUCCAGACAGGAAGUUUACUCUUAAAGAAGUGCUCUGGUUUUCUGUCGGCACGUUAUUAAUGAGGGGAACAGAUUUUUCACCUCGACCAAGUUCACAGAGGAUUCUUACUGCUGGUUUUACUUUCUUUGUAUUAAUAACUGUCUCUACGUAUACUGCAAAUAUGGCAGCAUUUUUGACAAAAGUUAACCUAGAUCAGCCUGUAGAGACAUUAAUAGAAUUAGCAGAACGAACAAAUAUACAAGUAGGGACAAUAAAUAAUUCAGCCACAAUGCGUUUUCUUGAAAGCUCUGAAGAUAGUACGUACAAAACAAUUUGGAAGCGAGUUCUGGAGAGUAACGGUCUUGUGACGAAUUCCAGUCAGGGUCGGCAGCGUUCUGGAGAAGGAAAUUUUGCAUUUAUUUAUGAUUACCUUAUUAAUUCAUAUUUCGAAAAGAAUUACUGUAAAACUAAAAUGUCUGGUCAGCCAAUCAGAUUACAGGAACACGGCAUUCUAAUGAAAGCUGGUAAUCCUGCUAAAACUUCAAUUAACAUUGCUAUACUACAAUUGAAAGAAAAAGGAUUUAUUACUAGACUCAGAAAAAGAUGGUGGGAGGAUAAAAGACAAUGUUCCGACGCCGCAAUGAGUAAAAGUGUUUUACAAGUAGAGUUUGGAGUAAAGCAUAUGUCUGGAGUGUUAAUUGUAUUGUUAUUUGGUCUGGCAUUUUCUGUAGCCUUCUUUUUAUUUAAAAAGUUUUACGUUUUGUCGAAGCAACAAAAAUCUUCCAAAAAAGAAUCAAAAGGGAAAGAAAACGAAGACAAGGACGGGGAGACCAAAAGUAUGCUAGGCGAUGAGGAUACAAAAAUAUUUGGUAACGAGGAGACAAAGACUGUAUUCGAAAAUGAGGAGACAAAACCGGUGUUUGGUGGCGAGGUUCCUAUAGAUUUGGAAAGAUACACUAACGUCUAUGACAAAGAUUAAUUUUGUCAGAUCAUGAAUCAUUGUCAAGAGGAAUAUUAUCUCUAGGUUGAUAUAUAUGUUAAAAAACUUAAGACGUUUCAAAUUAAUAGCAGUUAUAAAUUAAACUGACAUCCAGAAAUACUGCUUAUUUCGAAGCAAGGGCCGUGUGACUAUGUUCAUUAAAUGCCUUAUACAUUAUGAUUUAUGAAGCACUGUCCUUUUAUUGUGUGUAUAAUCCUUAUAUUUGUGUUGUUGCUGUUACAUAUACAUUAAACUAAUGCACACCAAG